AUGGUGUCCUCGGCGCUGCGCUGGCCAGCGAUCGUCCUGCUGACUUGUUGGAAUGUUCCCGUUACGCGGAGCGAGAGCCUGACGGUGCCGGGGCGGAUAGCGUGGAACGACAGUUUGCUGAUCGAUCCGGACGGGUUCGUCGGGAAGGCCCCGCUGCUGAACAGUGGCGUUUGGACGUGGAUCACCACCAUCUUCGGGAUGCCGGUGUUCAGUGUGUUCGCGUAUCGGGCCGCGCCGCGCAACUGUCCGCCAUGCUCGUGCGGUACGGGGAGCAACAACUCGAAGAUCGUCGGAGGCCAGGAGGCCGAGAUCGGGCGGUACCCGUGGAUGGUGGCGCUCUACUACAACAAUCGGUUCAUCUGCGGUGGCUCGCUGAUCAACGACCGCUACGUCCUGACGGCGGCCCACUGCGUGUUCGGGAGCGAUCGGUCGCGCUUCCGGAUCAAGUUCCUGCUGCACGAUCGCCACGACCCGCCGGAGGGUUCGUUCGAGCGGAAGGUCUCCUACAUCAUGACCAACUGGUUCCUGAACGUGCUCGUGUUCAUCACGAACGAUGUGGCGCUCCUGAAGCUGAGUGAACCGGUUCCACUCGGUGAUACGGUGAUCCCGGUGUGCCUCCCACCGGAAGGCACCACUUACGCCGGGAACGAGGGCAUCGUGACGGGGUGGGGCAAGCGGGGCGACGGGACGUUCCCGAUGCAGCUGCAAGAGGUCCACGUGCCGAUCCUCGCCAACCAGGAGUGCCACAACCGGACGCAGUACUACCGGUUCCAGAUCAACGAUCGCAUGAUGUGCGCCGGGAUUCCCGAGGGUGGCAAGGACUCCUGCCAGGGUGACAGCGGCGGCCCGCUGCACGUGUACGAUCCGGACGCGAACCGGUUCGUGAUUGCCGGCGUCGUCUCCUGGGGCUUCGGCUGUGCCCAGCCGCGCUUCCCGGGGAUCUACGCCCGCGUCAAUCGGUUCAUGUCGUGGAUCAACUUCAACACCCGCGAUGCCUGUACGUGCCAGUGA